UUAAUAAAGUAAAAAUAUAGAGUAAUCUUAUAAAGAACACCACUACGGCUUCACCUAAUCCAUAAUGAUCCAGUUGUGCUUGUGAAUUUGUGCAAAAUGGCAUACAGAGAACACGAAAAUGAAAAUUUCGAGGAAACGAAUCAAUUAAAUGACGAUGAUGGUAUGGAUAUGGACGAUCUGCUGCCACAAGUUGGAGAAUUCGGACUUUAUCAAAAAUUAUUGUUAUGGCUAAUUUGCCUUCCAGCUUGUUUUCCAUGCGGGUUUGGCGCUUUUAACCAAUUAUUUAUGACAGAUGUUCCUGACCAUUGGUGCAAAGUUCCAGAUUUGUGGUUUUUGGAUGGUAAAGAUGUAAAAAACUUAUCAAUACCCUACAACAAUAGCACGUUCUCUAAAUGCUCAAGAUAUGCCGUAAACUGGACAGAAAUUCUGGAUGAUUCCGGUGGAAUACCAGGCGAUGUGGUCGUUGAUAUUUCCUGGCCAACUGAAGGUUGUCUUGACGGUUGGAUAUAUGACAGAAGCAACGUUGUGUCAAGUAUUGUGAUAGAUUUUGAUCUCGUUUGUGAUAAAGACAUCUACCCUACGCUCGGUUUAGUAGCGCUAAAUAUCGGUGGUCCAAUCGGUGUUUAUACUUUUGGACGAUUAAAUGAUACGAUCGGUCGAAAAAAGUCGUUUUUUCUUUGUUUGACAACGUUAUUACUCGGAAGCCUUUUGACUGUAACAGCUCAAAACUUUUGGUGGUGGGCUAGCAGUAGGAUAGUCGUUGGACUGACCAUCCCAGCUAUGUACCAGAUUCCGUUCAUUAUAUCUCUUGAACUCGUGGGUCCAAACUACCGAUCUUUUGUAACGGUAUUGACCUGCAUGUUUUACACAGUUGGUCUGAUGAUGCUAGCAGGAAUUUGCUACUUAGUACAAGAUUGGGUAUUAUUAGGUAUAUGUACCUCUGCUCCAUUCGCCCUUUACUAUUUGUAUUGGUUCUUCUUGCCGGAAAGUCCUAGAUGGUUGCUAGCGAAAGGUCGGUUUGAAGAAGCUUCAAAAAUACUGGAAACUUUAGCUAGGGUGAACAAGAAAGAACUACCAUCAACCUUUAAGCAACAACUCAAGAGGAAAAUUAUGCAUAAGAGAACUAAAAGUGAGGAAGAAGCUCUCAAAAAAAGUCCAGGUUGUUCGGAUUUAUGUGGUACUCCCAAUAUGAGACUAAAAACAACUUUAAUUACACUAAAUUGGUUUGCUAAUGAAACUGUAUACGUAGGUCUAAGCUAUUAUAGUCCUUCGUUAGGCACCAAUGAGUAUCUGAGUUUCUUUUUCUCUGCUGCCGUGGAAAUACCAAGUUAUCUAGGCUGUUGGUUGAUAAUGGACAGAUGGGGUAGAAGAUGGCCAACGUGUAUAUGCAUGCUCCUCUGUGGAAUCUGUUGCUUAGCAACUGUUGCGAUACCGAGUGAUGACGUUAAAACCACGUUAGUCUUAUACUUGGUAUCAAAAUCGGCAAUAUCUGCUUCAUUUUUAAUAAUUUUUCCUUUUGCUGGAGAAUUAUAUCCCACCCAAGUAAGAGGUAUUGGAAUUGGAACAUCUGCAUACAUUGCUGGCUUAGGACUUAUUAUCAUACCUUUUAUCACAUAUUUGGGAUCCGAAAUGUUGAUCCUGCCUUUAAUUAUAAUGGGAAUCAUAUCAAUGAUAGGCGGAAUUUUGGGACUACGGCUCCCAGAAACUCUCCAUUACCGAUUACCACAAACAGUGGAGGAAGGUGAAGAGUUCGGAAAAGAUUUUAGCAUGAAAGAUUGUUUAAGAUGUAUACCAAUAAAACCUAUGUCUUCUAUAGUAAAUUCUUACGAAGAUUUAGAAUUAACACAAGUUCAGUCAAAUGUACCUACUGAAAAAACACCACUGGACAUCGCCUUACAACCAAGAAAAUCUAUAAGAAAAUUAGCGAGACAACAGAGCGUCAUGGACACCCAAAAGGCCUCGGACGGUACAAUGCAAAUGACAUACUGGUUUUAA